UUACAGUGCGAACUUUUAUAACGGAGGAAAAUGCAGUCUAAAUUGCAGCUACGGUGUUAUUGCAGAUACUUCAAAAUCUAAAAGAUUGUACCUACAAUUGCAGUUACGGACCACAAUUUAAAAUUAUGCUCAAACCUUUUUUGUUGAGAGCAAUACACAAAGUGACUUUACACAACAGAAUAUUAAAACUUUACAAGCUUUUAAUAUGAAUCUAAUUGGGACACUUAAUAAGUAGUUGGAUAAUGACAACUUAACAUUGAGUUCAUUACACUCAAAAGAGGUUUUCUGAAUUCAGGCAUGUGUUAUAUUUGUAUUAAUAUACCACUAAACUUAAACUCCUAAUUAUUUGAGGCAAAAGACAGAGACAAUACUACUAAUAUUUUCACCUAAACAGUUAAGCAUUCUCUAAUUAGUGAACCGCAUAGAAUGAGCACAACAAAUAGAUAAUGUUGAAACUGGGAAACUUAAAUAUGACCCAUCAACCUCUCUGCCUCAUGGGUCGGGUAUCGAAAAUCACAUGUUCAAUUCUAAUGCUAGAUGAGUUGAUGUAUGCUAAUUUCUUUAUGCUGUAGCCUCUGAAGGACAGUUUAUCUGCAGUAUACCGUGGGUGCUAAAUGAAGAAAGUAAGAAAACAAGCUCGUGAAAGCAAGGUGCUGUCAAGUGUCAGUUUAGGGUAUUGUACUGUAGUACUCUCUGGCCCCGGAAAAUCGUAACGAAUCACAAUGGUUAAUGGUGGUGGUGUGGUACUGAAUGCUGGUAGACCCAGAAGGAACCACUUGUGGAGUCAAUUACUAAUCCUCUCAACCCAAAUCCCAAUAUAGGACUAGCAGCAUCUAAAUUAUCCAAGGCCACCUUUGCUACCUUUAGGCUCCUAAAAAUUGAAGGCACGCUACCGGGACAUUAGGGUACCUUUUAAAAAAGUAGAAAUUAUAUAAGUAGUAGUAUCAAUCAAAUAUGAUAUGCUAGCACUACAGAUAGCUACUCAACACAAAUUAGUAACCCAUCAUGGUCAUACAUUACACAACCCAGCUUCUCCCUUAAUUUCCUCACACAUCACUUUCUUCCCCCUACCUCUUUUUCACUACUUGAUUAAUUUCCCCACUCCCAAGCCCACCACUCUACACUCUUCUUCCCUCACUCUCUCCUAGCUAACACCUACAUAUAAGCACUCACUACUUCUUCAAAGUUGAGUAAUCAAUUCUGAAUUAUAUUUAUUUUUAUUUUCAUACUAUAUGGAGACAGUUUCAGUUUCUUCCCCCUCCGAAGGAACUAAGACAAAAGACAUCGAUGGUCUCCUUGCCGGUGUUGGCUACAAAGUCCGGUCAUCAGAGCUACAUCAAGUAGCUCAGAAUAUCGAACGAUUAGAGAACGUGAUCGUGAACUCAUCCAGCGACAUUUCUCAAAUCGCUUCGGAUACUGUCCACUACGAUCCCUCCGACAUUGGCAAUUGGGUGGACAAUCUUCUCUCUGAAUUUGACCACACUGCCUCUUUACCAUACGACUUUUCGGAACUACCAGAUCUCGCAGCAGCUCCGCCACAAGACCACCAACUAAAGGUGGUGGCUACCGUCGAAGAAGAUUCGGCGAUAAAGCUGGUCCACAUGCUGAUGACGUGUGCCGAUUCCCUGCAACGAGGCAACUUACCAUUGGCUGGCUCACUAAUCGAAGGCAUGCAAGGGUUGUUAGCCCACAUGAACAUCAAUUGCGGCAUCGGGAAAGUCGCUGGAUAUUUCAUCGAUGCUUUGAACCGUCGAAUCUUCGGUCAAAACAAUAUUAUCUCUGCUUCACUUUAUGAGAACGAUGUUCUUUAUCAUCACUACUACGAGGCUUGCCCUUACCUCAAAUUCGCUCACUUCACAGCCAAUCAAGCCAUACUGGAAGCUUUCAACGGCCACGAUUGCGUCCACGUCAUUGAUUUCAACCUCAUGCACGGUCUUCAAUGGCCGGCGCUAAUUCAAGCUCUUGCGCUUCGUCCUGGUGGACCUCCUUUUCUGCGUCUCACCGGCAUUGGUCCGCCGUCGCCGGACGACCGUGACAACCUCCGCGAAAUUGGACUGCGGCUCGCUGAACUAGCUCGCUCUGUCAACGUUAGAUUUGCGUUUCGUGGAGUUGCGGCAUGGCGGCUCGAGGAUGUUAAGCCGUGGAUGCUUCAGGUGAGUUCUAAGGAAGCUGUGGCGGUAAACUCAAUUAUGCAGCUUCACCGUCUCCUUGGAUCUCAAUCCGACCCGAUUUCUUCGGGUAUUGAAACGGUAUUGGGUUGGAUCCGGAGUUUGAACCCGAAAAUCAUGACGGUUGUGGAGCAGGAAGCUAACCAUAACAAGGAUGGGUUUUUGGAACGAUUCACGGAGGCACUACAUUAUUACUCGACCGUUUUCGACUCGCUCGAAGCGUGUCCGGUUGAACCGGAUAAGGCUAUGGCUGAGAUAUAUCUGCAGAGGGAGAUAUGCAACGUGGUGUGUUGCGAGGGACCGGCUCGGAUUGAGAGACAUGAACCAUUGGUUAAGUGGAGGGAGCGGCUCGGGAAAGCCGGGUUCAGACCGCUGCAUUUGGGUUCGAACGCGUUCAAGCAAGCCAGUAUGCUGUUAACUCUAUUCUCUGCGGAGGGUUACUGUGUGGAAGAAAACCAAGGGAGCUUGACAUUGGGUUGGCAUAGCCGCCCUCUCAUUGCAGCUUCGGCUUGGCAAGCUGUUUCUUUGCCAGAGACAGAAACGCUGCGUUUUGACCAUUGAUGAUCGGAGAACUUGAUUAACUAUGAACAAAAGCAUUGUAUUAGCUCACAUAAUAACAUACUGUAUAUUUCUCCUUCUUCUUUUAGUUUUCUUUUUUGGUUUGCCCUUAAUCAUUUUGAGUAUUUAAUAUCUGACUUCUUUUUCUUUGCAGUUAUUAAUAUAGACAUAGAUUUUGAGGGUUUUACCUGUCAUAAAUUGUUAUCCCAUGGUUUUUGGAUAUUUGCCAUAUGGCAAAUCAUUUGUUUAAAAAA